UCAUCAGUUUCCUUUCUUCUUUAUGGAGUCUAGCCUCGUAGCUGGAUUCCUGCAACUUCUAAACCCUGUCCUAAAAAAGAUGGAGCAUUUCUUCUAGUGUUUUCCCUUUAAACAGCGAGCUUUUGUUCUUUUGUUUCUCAUUUCUGAAAAAGAUUUCAAGACAAAAAAAAAAAAAAAAACGAAGAAGAGGGAUACGAACACAAAGCAAUGUCUCGCUUAGCAGCUAAUUCCGCUUUCCCUAAAUCCAAAACCCUCGACAACAAAUACAUGCUUGGAGACGAAAUUGGGAAAGGUGCAUAUGGACGUGUUUACAAAGGCUUGGAUUUGGAGAAUGGAGACUUUGUUGCAAUUAAACAAGUUUCUUUGGAGAAUAUAGCUCAGGAGGAUCUCAAUAUCAUAAUGCAAGAGAUUGAUUUAUUGAAGAACUUGAACCAUAAAAACAUUGUGAAGUAUCUUGGGUCAUCGAAGACAAAGGCUCACCUGCAUAUAAUUCUCGAGUAUGUAGAGAAUGGUUCACUUGCAAACAUCAUCAAGCCAAAUAAAUUUGGGCCUUUUCCAGAAUCUUUGGUGGCUGUUUAUAUUGCUCAGGUUUUGGAAGGCUUGGUUUAUCUACAUGAACAGGGUGUUAUCCAUCGGGAUAUUAAAGGUGCAAAUAUUCUGACAACUAAAGAGGGUCUAGUGAAACUUGCUGAUUUUGGUGUUGCAACCAAACUAACUGAGGCUGAUGUUAACACACACUCAGUUGUUGGAACGCCAUAUUGGAUGGCCCCAGAGGUGAUUGAAAUGUCUGGGGUUUGUGCUGCUUCUGACAUUUGGAGUGUUGGCUGUACUGUGAUUGAACUCCUUACAUGUGUUCCUCCAUACUAUGAUCUGCAGCCUAUGCCAGCUCUCUUUCGGAUUGUGCAGGAUGAGCAUCCUCCGAUACCUGAUAGCCUAUCUCCCGACAUUACUGAUUUUCUGCGCCAGUGCUUUAAGAAGGAUGCCAGACAGAGGCCUGAUGCAAAAACGCUUCUUUCUCACCCUUGGAUACGGAAUUGCAGACGUGCUUUGCAGUCUUCUCUGCGUCAAAGUGGAACCAUUAGAAACAUUGCAGAAGAUGCUGCAGCAGAUGCAGAAAGCUCUAAUGCAGAUAACCAGAGUGCUGGAGAGAAUCUUCCUGUGGAGAAAGUGGAUGCAUCUGAAACGAGCUCUAGGAAAGAGGUAUCAUCAACAGAGGCCACUGUUCGAAGCAAGUAUGAUCACGAUCAUUCUGCAGAUAACACUCCUGUUGAAGAAAGAACAAAUAAUUUAGAUGAUGAUCUACUAUCAGAUCAAGUUCCAACCUUAGCUAUUCAUGAGAAACCAUCUUUACAGAGUAGUUCUGGUAGACUAUCUGUUAAGAGUGUAGCAGUUGCUCUUGGUUCUAGUCAGCUUCAUGAUAUAUCACAUCAAGAUGAAGCUACGAUGAAUGGUGAUGUUGGCUCACCAUCAAGAAGGAAACAUACGGAAAAAGGACAGGGAGGCAAUGGGGAUCAAAUUGAUAAUGAGAAUAAAUCAUUUGCCUUUGGACCUAUCACUCAGAAUGCUGGUCUGCAAAAGGCUGCAAAAGCUUCAGUGACCUCAAGUGGGAAUGAGCUAAUUAGAUUUAGUGAUCCUCCUGGAGAUGCUUCCUUGGAUGAUUUAUUUCAUCCGUUGGAUAAAAAUCGGGAGGAAAGAGGAGCUGAAGCUUCAACAUCUGCAUCUGCAUCGAAUGUGAACCAUGAUACUGUGCCUGAUACUGGAAAAAAUGACCUGGCUAAGAAGUUACGUGAUACAAUUGCUAAGAAACAAAUGGAAGAGGAGAUGGGUCAGUCAAAUGGAGGUGGCAACCUUCUUCGCUUAAUGAUGGGCGUUUUGAAGGAUGAUGUAAUAGACAUUGAUGGUUUGGAUUUUGAAGAUAAAUUACCUGCUGAGAACCUAUUUCCCUUACAGGCGGUUGAGUUUGGCAGGUUAGUUGGUUCCCUAAGACCCGAGGAAUCAGAGGAUGCAAUUUUUACUGCAUGUCAGAAGCUCACAGCGAUCUUCCAUCAGCGCCCUGAACAAAAAAUUGUUUUUGUUAGCCAGCGUGGUUUGCUGCCUCUAAUGGAAUUGCUUGAUGUCCCAAAAACUCGUGUCAUAUGUUCAGUGCUUCAACUUAUUAAUCAUAUCAUUAAAGAAAACACUGAUUUCCAGGAGAAUGCUUGUCUUGUUGGCUUUAUCCCGUUGAUUAAGAGCUUUGCGGGGCCUGAUCGUCCUCGGGAAAUUAGGAUGGAGGCAGCUUAUUUCUUACAGCAGCUUUGUCAAUCAAGCUCUUUGACUUUGCAGAUGUUUCUAGCUUGCCAUGGAAUCCCAGUUUUGGUUGGCUUUUUAGAGGCUGAUUAUGCAAAGUACAGGCAAAUGGUUCACCUAGCAAUUGAUGGCAUGUGGCAGGUCUUCAAGCUUCAGCGAUCUACCCCGAGGAAUGAUUUCUGUCGGAUAGCUGCUAAGAAUGGGAUAUUACCGAGGCUUAUUAAUACUCUUUACAGUCUAAAUGAGGCAACUCGACUUGCAACCAUAUCUGGUGGGGGUGGUUCACAUUCUGGUCCACUCGAUUCCAGUCAUCCUCUGUUUGCUCAGAAUGAGACUCCGUUCUCGGUAACUGAUCAAUCUGAUGUCCUUAAAGCUAGGCAUGGAAUGACUGAGCAUUCCUUUCCAGCUGGUGCACAAGAACCUUCACGGGCUUCAAUUUCCCUUUCUCAGAGGUCAGAUCCUAACCUGCCAGAUUCACGUUAUCUUGCUGUUGAUGUCGACAGACCUCGAUCUAGCAAUGGGGCAUUGGAUGUCUCAAUUUCUAGAGAAUCGUCAGCUUCCAAAGAGCAAGAAAAUUUGGAUCGGGCAGAGGACCUUAGAAGGCAGAAGAUAAGUAAUGCUUUGAACAGGACAUCUUUGGACAGACCUCCAAAAUCGAUAGAAGGUAUUUCAAAUGGACUUACCACUUCAGUUACUACCCAGGCAGAGCAAAUUCGACCUCUUCUUAGCUUAUUAGAGAAGGAACCUCCUAGGCAGCAAUUGGAGUAUGUGCGCCACCUGCCUGGAUUGGAGAGACAUGAAAGCAUACUGCCUCUACUACAUGCUAAUGACCGAAAAACCAAUGGUGAACUAGAUUUCUUGAUGGCUGAAUUUGCAGAGGUCUCUGGUCGUGGAAGAGAAAUUGGAGGUGUUGAUUCUACACCUAAAAUUUCACAUAAAAGUAAGAAAGUCGGGCUACUGGCAGUAAAUGAAGGAACAGCAUCCACAUCUGGCAUAGCUUCUCAGACUGCAUCGGGUGUAUUAUCUGGCUCAGGUGUUUUAAGUGCUAGGCCUGGAAGUACAACAUCAUCAGGGUUGCUCUCCAACAUGGUAUCAACAAUGAGCGCGGCUGUUGCCAAGGAGUACCUUGAAAAGGUGGCAGACCUACUUCUUGAGUUUGCUCAAGCAGAUACAACCGUUAAAUCCUACAUGUGUAGCCAAAGCUUGCUUAACCGUCUUUUCCAGAUGUUUAAUCGCAUAGAGCCACCUAUUCUUUUGAAGAUACUGAAGUGUAUUAAUCAUUUGUCCACCGAUCCAAACUGCUUAGAGAAUCUUCAGCGAGCAGAUGCAAUUAAGUAUUUGAUCCCAAAUCUAGAACUCAAUUAUGGACCGCUUGUAUCUCAAAUACAUCACGAGGUUCUCAAUGCACUAUUCAACUUGUGCAAGAUAAAUAAGAGGAGACAGGAACAAGCAGCAGAAAACGGAAUCAUUCCGCACUUGAUGAAUUUUAUCAUGUCAGAUUCUCCUUUAAAACAACAUGCAUUGCCGUUACUGUGCGACAUGGCUCAUGCAUCACGUAAUUCAAGGGAACAGUUGAGGGCUCAUGGUGGAUUGGAUGUGUACUUGAGCUUGCUUGACGACGAGCUUUGGUCUGUGAUAGCACUAGACUCACUCGCUGUUUGCUUGGCUCAUGACAAUGACAACCGCAAGGUGGAACAAGCUUUGCUGAAGAAAGAGGCAAUUCAGAAAUUGGUGACAUUUUUCCAAUGUUGUCCAGAGCAACACUUUGUUCACAUAUUGGAGCCAUUCUUGAAAAUCAUCACGAAAUCAUCCCGAAUUAACACAACAUUAGCUGUUAAUGGUUUGACGCCACUUCUAAUCUCAAGGUUGGAUCACCAGGAUGCCAUUGCUCGUCUUAAUCUACUUAAAUUAAUUAAGGCUGUUUACGAGCAUCACCCAAGACCAAAACAACUAAUCGUGGAGAACGAUUUACCACAGAAGUUAAAGAAUCUAAUUGAGGAACGGAGAGACGGGCAGCGUUCCGGAGGCCAAGUGUUGGUGAAACAAAUGGCUACUUCAUUGCUUAAAGCCCUUCAUAUUAACACAGUCCUGUAAAUUUACAUGUGUUGUAAGAACUUUCCUGGUUCCUCCCCUCUUUAUGUAUAUUGUUUUAAUUCUUUAGGAAGGCAAUGGUUUGGUUUUUCCACUUUUGUAUUCUUUUUUUUUUUGUUUGGCCAAUUUAUUUAUUUGGUCCCUUUAGUUUGUCAUCAGUGUUUAGGAAAUGGUUUUGUUUUUGAUUGGGUCAGUAAAUGCCUCUUUCCCGCCAUUUAGCCUUAAAGGAUUUGUAUCAUGUUCGUGUUACAAUCGUGUUUUGAGCUAUUUUUAUUAUGUUUAUAUAAUAUUGAACAAGUUAAUAGGUUGUGUUAUAAA